AUGUCCCGUUCUACUCCGAUCCUCCUUCUCAAAACCAAAUCCUCUCCCCACGAUGGCUAUCAAGAUCACUUUGCAACCAACGGGUUUGAUCCUUGCUUUGUACCGGUACUCGAACAUCGCUUUCUCGCAGAGAAUUUAGCAAUUGUACGCCAGCUUUUUGCAUCUGGGGCUUUUAACGUUGCGGAUACCUCGUCCUCGUCAUCGACAAUAUCACCCUCGACUGCGCCAAGCAAUCUCUUUGCCAAAAGAUAUGGAGGAAUGAUCUUUACGAGUCAACGUGCCGUGGAGGCUUUUGCGCAGAUGAUUGAGGAUCAUGGCCUCCCACCCUUCACCACUCCAUCCCUCCCACUAUACACCGUCGGACCAGCCACAGCCCGGGCUCUCACCACCCUCCGCGACAAGCAUCUCCCUGGCGCGACCAUCCACGGCGAAGAUGCCGGUAACGGACAGAAUCUGGCCCAUUUCAUUCUGAACCAUUACAAUGCCAUCUAUCCCGCCGCAGACCCAGACACCCAUCACACCACUAACAAUAUCAACAAUCAUACUCAGAGUGAGAAUGAUACGAACAACGCGACCAACUCACCUCUCCAUCCCCAUCCCAAACCCUCCCUCCUCUUCCUCGUCGGUGAACAACGCCGCGAUAUCAUUCCCAAAACCCUCAUGGACGCAGACCGUCCCGUACCCGAACGCAUCGACGUCGAAGAACUCGUCGUUUAUGAAACGGGGGAAAUGCAAUCCUUCGAGACGGAUUUUACCGAGGCGGUUCGUCGGUGCCGCGAUGGGAAGAUGAUCUCGUCUUAUUCGUCUUCUGCGAAUGACAAUUCCCCUUUGACCGUCGACUCCCGCCCACCAUUCUGGGUCGUCGUCUUUUCACCAACAGGCUGCGAGGCCAUGUUGAGAGUUUUAAAAAUGGGACCUUUUGCAGAAGAGCAUGAGGAUGGGGGGGAUGGGAACGCGACGGGUCCAUCGGACGUGUUGGUGGCGACGAUUGGGCCGACGACGAGGGACUUUUUAAAGGAGCGGUUUGGGUUCGAGGCGCAUGUUUGUGCGGAGAGGCCGAGUCCGGAGGGAGUGGAGGAGGGGAUUCGGAGCUUUUUUGGCGGAGAGGGGGUGAGUGGGUGGAUGAGGUGUUGA